AUGUGGCAACUCGGCAUCGCCCUCGCGUCUGUCGCCUCCCUUUCUGGAGCCGUGGGCGACGCCUUGGUCCGUCUGUCGUUUGUCGUGGAGGAGAAGAGACUCACGAGUCACCGUCGGGAAGCGAACAGAAGACAAAAGGGGGGAAACGAAGAAGAAGCAGAAGGAGCGAAGGGGGCCAUUCCGUCGGAGAAGGCAAGGGUAGGAGAGGCAGAGGGAGCUCGAUCGAGCCGAGCGAAGAAGAAAACGAUUUUUUCUCUUCAGGAACCUGCCUCGAGGUCUUCUCCAGACAGGAGCCGGACCUCCAGCGAUGUUUUCAGAGGCAGCGAGGGGCGCGAAAGAGGUGGAGACAAAAGAGGGACCGUGCAGCAUGCGGAAGAUAGGAAAGCGACUCACUCGCUGAACGCGGGGUCUUCAACCGGGAAACGCCCGCUGUAUCUGCGACCUCUGUGGCUCAUCGGAAUGUGUCUGGGGACAGUGAUCAAUUCCCUGCUCUCUAUCGUCAGUCUCGACUUUGCGAGUGCUGCAGUCAUCACGCCGUUUGCGGGGCUCCACAUCUUCUGGAAUGUCAUUCUCUCGCGCUUCGUCCUCCAAGAACGAGUACUGCUGCAGCAUUACGUGGGGAGCGCGUUGAUUCUCCUAGGUCUCCUUCUGGUGUUAUGUUUCGGUGUCCAUACACCCCCGCCCCUGUCUCUGGAGCAGCUGUUACAGCUUUACUCGCAGAACACGUGCCUGCUCUACUUCUCCGCGUCGAUCCUCGGCAUCGCCUUCUGCGUGUACGUCGCCAUUGUGUGGCACGAGGAAACCUGGGGGCAUCUGUGUCACUACAAGUUCUUCACGCUUCUCUUUCUCCUCGGCAGCAUGGCUGUUGCCCAGUUGCUCUUCCUGAACGUCGGCCUCGCGCGCUACGAAGCGCUCUACGUGGUACCAACGACAAUGAGCGUUUUAAUUGUGAGCAGCUGCUUCGCUGAAAUCGCGCUCUUUAUCAACGUCCUUCAUCUGCCGCAAACGGAGAUCCUGCUUUUCGCGGGAGGAUGCUUCUCCAUUGUUGUAGGAAUUAUGAUCCUUUCGGGGGCGAGUGUCGAGAGACGCGAGGCGGACCGAGCAGGUGCAGGCGGUGGAGCCCCGGUCGACGUGGAAGGAGACGAUUUCUCAGCUGUCGAUGCAUCGAGAAGCUUGCGCCCAACUACUCGACAUAACUGCACCUUUGUCCUCGAGCGCUCGCCGCAGCAAUUCGAGAACGCGUUUGCAGCCUUAGAGAUGCAAGCAGACGCGCCAGGGACGGCCCGUCGCCUCGCUCUGUCUUCCUCGCCUCCAGGCCCUGGCUCGUCGUACCCUUUGCCCCUCGGGGAAGAAGCGGCAGACGCGCGAGGCGAAACGCCGGAGGCUGCGGGUGACCAGACGGGAAUCGCGUGCCGCACAAGGCAGGAGGGAGAGCGAAAGCAGGCGAGAGAAGGCCUCACCGCAGGGGAAACAGAGAGAUCGAGAACCGAGACUUCCCGCUCUUCCCCGAAUCGACGGAGAAAAGGACACGGCUACGCAUUCUUGACUGGAGAACCGCCUUUGUCUGAGGAAGACGGGCGCGAGGCGAGUCGACAGGCCUCCGAGAUGUCGACGCGGGCUGUCUCUUCCGCGUCUCUCGAGACGAGGAGCUACUCGGAGAGCAGGCCGGAAGCAGAAGGAAACCAUGUAGACGCAAGUCCGUCUCCGUUUUCGACGCGAGACAGAAAGUGGGAGAAUCCCCACUUGCUACUCGCAGUGAGCAAUACGCUUCGGGAGUACGCGGAGCACAGAGACGCCGCGCGCGGGGUGUCUGCGGACGAGGCCCGCCAUGCGGAUUCAGGGUUUUGCGAGGAAUUCGAUUUUGCGCGCGAGAGAAGGGGCGAGAGAGGAAACAGCGCCGAGUCCGACAGCGGGAACUCGCGAGAGAGUGAGUCCCCGCCCAGCACACCGGAUCUCCUGGAAAAAAAUCUGCUGUACAGGAGAGGACGAGGAGAGAAAGAGGGAGAGAGCGAGAGGCGGUUGCUGGAGAGGACCAGUGGCACGGUUCUAGCUUCUCGCCCCGCCAGAAUGCAGGAGGUGAACAUUUGCUUCGUAGAUGAAGGAGACGGAGACGCGACAUACGAGAGACGUUUCUUGACUCCCGCUGGGGCAGCCGAAGCCGCGCACUCCGCAGCGAGGGAGAAGGCCGGGCGGGACACGAGAAACCGGAGCAACGUUAUGGAGGACCAGAAUGGAAAACUGGAGACCUAG